AUGUCUCGAUCUGAACGAUUAAAUUCGGUGUCGGCGCCAUUGUCGCCUGACCUCAUCGCGUUUCUUCGCGAAUCCAUGGAAAAGGACCUUCUGUACGAUCCACCCUACGUGUUCGUGAUCUUUGGUGCCUCUGGUGAUCUUGCGAAGAAGAAGAUUUAUCCGACGCUUUGGUGGCUGUUUCGCGAUUCUCUCCUGCCGUUGAACAUAACAAUCGUCGGCUACGCCCGAUCGGACCUGUCCAUUGAAAAGUUGAGAGAAUCGUUCGAGAAGGCUUGUAAGGUUCGCGACAAUGAAAAGAAGCAGUUCGAGGAAUUCAUAAGCAAGUGUGCCUAUAUUAAGGGGAAGUACGACAAACCUGAAGGAUACGAGAAGUUGGCCAUUUUCAUAGAUGAAAUUCAGAAGAAGAGCAAGGACCAGCCUGUGAAUCGACUCUACUACCUCGCUUUGCCACCAAGCGUUUUUGAGGUCGUGACAGAAUGUUGUUUCAGGGACUCCUGGACUAGAGUGAUCAUAGAGAAGCCAUUUGGACAUGAUUUGGAGUCAUCAGCUAAGCUCUCUAGUCAUUUGUCGAAGUUGUUCAAAGAGGACCAGCUUUAUCGGAUAGAUCACUACCUGGGCAAGGAGAUGGUGCAGAAUUUGAUGCGUUCGGAAACUCGCUUCUCAGGUCCGUCAUGGAAUCGAGACAACAUCGCAAGUGUAACAGUUUCGUUCAAGGAGAAUUUUGGUACAGGCGGUCGAGCAGGAUAUUUCGAUAAGGCUGGUAUUAUAAGAGACGUCAUGCAGAAUCAUUUGAUGCAAAUGUUGACGUUGGUAGCCAUGGAAAAGCCGGCCAGUUUGAAUGCUGAAGACAUUCGAGAUGAAGAAAACGUGAAAGUGUUGAAAGCGAUCAAGCCAGUGCAGCUAAAGGAUAUGGUUCUGGGACAGUAUGUGGCAAAUUCUGAGUAUGCACCUGUUAGUCAUCCUGGUGCUGAUGCUGGAUACAAGGACGAUGAUGAUGUUCCCAAGGACUCGAUAACACCCACCUAUGCUCUAGCAGUCCUGCAUGUACAUAAUGAACGAUGGGAAGGAGUACCGUUCUUCUUACGCUGUGGAAAAGCUUUGAAUGAGAGUAAAGCUGAAGUUCGUGUUCAAUUCAAGGAGGUUAAUGGAGAUAUCUAUCCACCGGGUGAAUUAAAAAGAAGUGAAUUUGUAAUGCGUGUGCAACCAAAUGAAGCAGUCUACCUCAAAAUUAUGACCAAGAAACCGGGCAUGGGUUUUGGAGUUGAAGAAUCCGAGCUUGAUCUCACUUACAAUGCUCGUUACAAGUGUUCAUGGGAUCUCAAAUUAAUUUCGUUCCGUACCGAUGAGCUUGAGAACGCAUGGCGUAUACUAACCCCUGUCCUGAAGGAGAUCGAAGAGAACCGAGUAAAACCAAUUGAGUACAAAUUUGGAAGCCGUGGACCGGAUGAAGCCGAUGAAUGA